AUGGCUGCGGAGGAGCGGGUCCGAGAUGCUGCUUCUGCUGGCAGUAGUGGCCGCCCCGCGGCCAUGGAGCGGAUUCUACCCGUGUUGUUGGUGUCGGUCCCCGUCGAGGCGAUGGGGCAGCUGGGAUCUCGGGCGCAGCUGCACAGAGAGCAGGAGGCUCUAGGGAGCCUGACGGCGGCGGGCAGCCUCCAAGUGCUUUCGUUAACGCCUAGCGGCCGGGGCGGAGGGGGCUGCUGCCUCGAGGGCCCUUUCCAGCAGUUUGUAUGGGAAGAUUCUCAUAACAGCAGUAUACCAACUGACAAGCCCAAACUGCUUGCUCUUAGUGAAAAUUAUGAACUGCUCAUCUAUGAGUUUAAUUUAAAAGAUGGACGAUGUGAUGCAACCNNNNAUUAUGACUGUGUAUUUGAAAUAAUAUCCUUUUGUUUUGUAGGUAUUUCCUUACUGUCUUUGAGAAUUCUGUCAUUUCACAGUAACACAUCAUUAUUGUUGAUCAACAAAUGUAUUGUCCUGUGCAUUAUUUUUCCUGAAAGAGAUGCUGAAAUUAGAGUACUCAAGUGUUUCACACUACCCUUGCCUGCACAGGCAGUGGAUGUGAUUGUCGACGCACAGCUCUGCAGAGAAAUUCUUUUCAUUUUGAGUAGCUUAGGCUGGAUCUACAUUUUUGACCUUGUGGAUGGUACACAUGUAGCUCAUGUGGAUUUAGUACUUCACCAGGAAGAUAUGUAUAAUGAGCAGCAACAGGAGCCAGCCAAGAUUUCUUCUUUUACUUCACUGAAAGUGUCUCAAGACCUAGAUGUUGUGGUGAUUGUCAGCUCCUCCAACUCUGCAAUUGCUCUUAACUUAAAUUUGUAUUUCAGGCAAUACCCAGGGCACAUACUGCGUGAAAGACUGCUAGAAGACCUUCCAAUUCAAGGCCCAAAGGGGAUAGAUGAAGAUGAUCCUGUUAACUCUGACUACAACAUGAAACUGACCAAGUUUUCCUUCCAAGUUGAUAGGUCUUGGAAAGCACAGCUAUCGUCGUUAAAUGAAACAAUAAAAAGCUCCAAACUGGAGGUUUCCUGUUGUGCUCCAUGGUUCCGGGAUAUUUUGCAUUUGGAGUCCCCUGAAUCUGGUAACCACAGUACCAGUGUGCCAAGCUGGGCUUUCAUUCCACAGGACAUAAUGCAUGGGCAAUACAAUUUUCUACAGAAAGAUCAUGCCAAGACCAGUGAUCCAGGAAGAUCAUGGAAGAUAAUGCACAUUAGUGAACAAGAGGAACCCAUCAAAUUGAAAUGUGUGUCUGUGACAGGAUUCACGGUACUAUUUACUUGGACAGUGGAAAAGACGGGCUACAACAUUGUCCUCUGGGAUUUGGAGACCCAGGGCAUGCAGUAUUUUUCCCUUGGCAAAAAGUGUAUUCCUGUAGACAGUAGUGAAGACCAGCAACUGUGCCUCAUUUUGACAGAAAAUGGACUCUCUCUGAUUUUGUUUGGUUUGACUCAAGAGGAGUUUUUAAACAGACUAAUGAUCCAUGGAAGUGCCAGCACUGUGGACUCUCUUUGUCAUCUCAAUGGUUGGGGGAGGUGCUCAAUUCCCAUACAUGCACUAGAGGCCGGGAUAGAAAAUCGUCAGCUGGACACAGUCGAUUUCUUUUUGAAGAGCAAGGAAAAUCUUUUUAAUCCAUCCUCAAAAUCUUCUGUACCUGAUAGGUUUGAUCACUUUUCAUCCCAUUUAUAUUUAAAAAAUGUGGAAGAGCUGACCCCAGCACUGGAUUUGCUUUGCUCAGCAAUUAGAGAGAGUGAUUCUGAAACCCAAAGCAAGCACUUUUCAGAACAGUUGCUUAAUCUUACUCUUUCUUUCCUUAACAAACAAAUAAAGGAGCUUUUUAUUCACACCAAAGAACUAGAUGAACAUCUGCAAAAAGGAGUGAACAUUUUGACUAGCUACAUUAAUGAACUUCGAACUUUCAUGAUGAAGUUUCCUUGGAAGCUAACAGAUGUUACAGAUGAAUAUGAUGUAAAUGAAAAUAUCCCCAAAGAAAAGGAGAGUGAUACAUGGGAGAAACUCAGCUUGGAGGAAGUUAUUGCCAAUGCCAUUUUAAACAACAAAAUACCAGAGGCACAGAUUUUCUUCAGGAUGAAUGGUCAUUCUGCUCAAAGACUUGAGGAGAUGAUCAGAAUAGGCCUAGGUUUGGUCUUUGACAAUUUAAAAAAGAAAAAUGUAAAGGAAGCCUCUGAACUUUUGAAGAAUAUGGGCUUUGAUGUAAAAGACCAGUUGCUCAAGAUAUGCUUCUAUACAACUGAUAAAAAUAUACGGGACUUUUUGGUUGAAAUUUUAAAAGAAAAAAGUUAUUUUUCUGAAAAAGAAAAAAGAACUAUAGACUUCGUGCAUCGAGUUGAGAAGUUUUAUCUGGAACAUUUCCAAGAAAAUAUGCAGAUCCAGGCCUUGCCCAGGUGUUGGAUAAAGGAACAAGAUUUUUUCAAGCACAAAUCUGUUUUGGAUUCAUUCCUGAAAUAUGAUUGUAAAGAUGAAUUUAGCAAACAGGACCAUAGAAUUGUGUUAAAUUGGGCUCUGUGGUGGGAUCAACUAAUGCAAGAAUGCAUCCUUCUCCCCAAGAUAAGUCCAGAAGAAUACAAGUCAUAUUCCCCUGAAGCCCUCUGGAGGUACCUCACUGCUCGCCAUGAUUGGUUAAGCAUUAUCUUGUGGAUUGGAGAAUUUCAGACCCAGGAUAAUUAUGCUUCACUUCAACAGAACAAGUGGCCCCCUCUGAAUGUUGAUGUUAUUAAUCAGAAUACUUGCUGCAGCAGCUACAUGAGGAAUGAAAUUUUAGAUAAGCUGGCCAGGAGUGGGAUUUUUCUUGCAUCUGAAUUAGAAGACUUUGAAUGUUUCCUCCUAAGAAUGAGCCGUAUUGGGGGUGUGAUACAAGAUACCCUCCCUGUUCAAAACUACAAGAACAAAGAAGGUUGGGAUUUCCAUUCUCACUUCAUUCUCUAUUGUUUGGAACACAGUUUGCAGCAUCUUCUUUAUGUCUAUCUCGACUGUUACAAACUUAGUCCUGAAAAUUGUCCCUUUUUGGAAAAAAAAGAGUUACAUGAAGUGCACCCUUGGUUUGAAUUUUUAGUUCAAUGUCGACAAGUUUCUGGUAAUUUAACAGAUCCCAAACUGAUCUUUCAGGCUAGCCUUGCAAAUGCUCAGAUUUUGAUUCCCACCAAUCAGGCGAGUGUAAGCAGUAUGCUAUUGGAAGGACAUACCCUCCUGGCCCUUGCUACUACCAUGUAUGCUCCUGGGGGUGUCAGCCAGGUAUGGACAGAAUUUUAUGGCAAAAUUGGACUGAUUUUGUGGGGGCUUGCCAGGUCAUUAUCGCCCUUUGAUCCUAGCAGAUUGUUUGCCUGGCAGUCUGCCAACACACUAGCUAUAGGAGAUGCAUCGAGUCAUCUCCCACAUUUCUCUAGCCCUGACCUGGUUAAUAAAUAUGCUAUAGUGGAACGUCUGAAUUUUGCUUAUUAUUUACAUCAUGGACGGCCAUCAUUUGCAUUUGGUACUUUUCUGGUCCAGGAAUUAACCAAGAGCAAGACUCCCAAGCAGCUGAUCCAGCAAGUAGGCAAUGAAGCCUAUGUUUUAGGGCUCUCCUCCUUCCACAUACCUUCAGUAGGAGCUGCCUGUGUUUGUUUCUUAGAAUUGCUUGGCCUUGACAGCCUCAAGCUCAGAGUUGAUAUGAAAGUGGCCAAUAUAAUUUUAAGCUACCAGAGUAGAAAUGAAGAUGCUCAAUACAGCUUUAUCAGAGAAUCUCUAGCUGAAAAACUGCCUAAACUGGCCCAUGGUGAAAAGGCAACGAUAGAGGAAUUGCUUGUUCUCUUAGAAGAAGGCACGUGGAACAGCAUCCAGCAGCAGGAAAUAAAGAGGUUAUCCAAUGAAUCUAGCAGCCAGUGGGCAUUAGUGGUACAGUUCUGCAGGCUCCACAACAUGAAACUGAGCAUGUCUUACCUUAGAGAAUGUGCCAAAGCAAAUGAUUGGCUGCAGUUUAUUAUUCACAGCCAACUCCAUAACUACCACCCAGAGGAGGUGAAAUCCCUUAUCAAAUACUUCAGCCCCGUCCUUCAAGACCACUUAAGGCUGGCUUUUGAGAACUUGCCUUCAGUGUCCACCUCCAGAAUGGACAGUGAUCAUGUCUGCAACAAGUCCCCUCAGGAACUCCAGAGAAACAAUGAAGAGAUGACCGAUUUCUUUGAAAUUCUGCUCAAGUGCUCAGAGGAGCCAGACACCUGGCACUGGCUCCUGGUUGAAGCAGUGAAACAACAGGCCCCUAUCCUCAGUGUCCUGGCCUCAUGUCUCCAGUGGCAGGAUGCCAGUGCUAUUCCUUGUCUCUGUGUUUGGAUCAUUACUUCUGUGGAGGACAGUAUUGCAGCUGAAGCAAUGGAACACAUUCAGGGCUCAAUAGAGGGCCACACCUGGGACCUUGCAGACCUUUCAGUCAUCUGGAGAACAUUAUUAUCAAGGCAGAAGAGCAAAACUCUUAUCAGAGGUUUCCAGCUUUUCUUUAAGGAUUCCCCAUUACUAUUGAUGAUGGAGAUGUAUGAACUGUGUAUGUUCUUCAAGAAUUAUAAGGAAGCUAAAGCUAAACUUCUGGAGUUCCAGAGGAGCCUUGAAACUCUUGACACAGCUAGCACAAGGGCCCACCCUGUCAUCCCUGCCACAUGGCUGAAGGAUCAGGUGUGUUUCCUUUUGAAGUUUAUGCUACAGCAGUGUAAGACCCAGUAUGAGUUGGGGAAGCUUUUACAACUAUUUGUUGGAAUAGAGCAUCUCUUCUCUGAAGGUCCAGAUGUGAAGAAGCUGUGUCUCCUUAGCCAAAUUUUGAAGGAUACAUCCAUAGCCAUUAAUCAUGUGAUUAUUACCAGCUAUAGCAUUGAAAAUUUUCAGCAUGAAUGUAGAUCUAUUUUGGAAAGACUACAGACAGAUGGACAAUUUCCUUUAGCCAGGAGGGUAGCAGAAUUAGCUGAAUUACCUGUGGACAGCUUGGUUAUUGAAGAGAUAACACAGGAAAUGCAGACUCUAAAACACAUUGAGCAGUGGUCCCUGAAACAAGCAAGAAUUGACUUCUGGAAAAAAUGCCAUGAGAAUUUUAAGAAAAAUUCCAUUUCAAGCAAAGCAGCUUCUUCCUUUUUCUCAACCCAGGCCCAUGUGGCAUGUGAGCACCCACCUGGAGGGAGCAGCAUUGAGGAGCGCCAUCUACUGCUCACACUGGCAGGGCACUGGCUUGCCCGGGAGGACCUGGUGUCCUUGGAUAAGCUGGAGGAGCUGGAGAAGGAGAUCUGGCUCUGCCGUAUCACCCACCACACCCUUGGAGGAAACCAGGAGGAAACAGAGCCCAGGUUUUCUCGACAGAUCUCAACUAGUGGUGAACUUUCCUUUGAUAGUUUAGCCAGUGAGUUUUCCUUCUCCAAGUUAGCUGCUCUGAACACAUCAAAAUAUUUUGAACUUAAUGGCCUUCCAUCCAAAGAGGCAUGUGAGAAUAGACUGGAUUGGAAGGAACAGGAGUCACUGAACUUUUUGAUUGGGCGGCUGUUGGAUGAUGGCUGUGUGCAUGAAGCCAGUAGAGUAUGCCGGUACUUUCAUUUUUAUAACCGAGAUGUUGCCUUGGUGUUGCACUGCAGAGCACUGGCCUCAGGGGAAGCUAGUGUGGAUGACCUGCACCCAGAGAUCCGUGCUCUCCUACAAAGUGCUGAGCUGCCUGAGGAAGAAGAGGAGCCCAGCAUUCCCCUCAGGAAAGUCCAAAGCACUUCAAGUCUGGAUAGUCAGUCGUUUGUGGUGGUACCCUCCAGUGAUGAAGUGGUGACUAAUCUGGAAACUCUGACAAGCAAAUGCCUCCAUGGGAAGAACUACUGCAGGCAGGUCCUCUGUCUGUAUGAACUUGCCAAGGAGUUGGGCUGUUCCUACACAAAUGUUGCUGCCCAGGAUGGCGAAGCCAUGCUCCGGGCAAUCUUGGCCUCUCAGCAGCCUGACCGAUGCAAACGAGCCCAGGCCUUCAUCAGCACCCAAGGCCUCAAGCCAGACACUGUGGCUGAACUUGUAGCUGAAGAGGUGACACGGGAGCUGCUGGCCCCAUCAGAGGGAACAGGACAUAAGCAGAUGUUUAGCCCAGCGGAGGAAAGCCAGACGUUUCUUCAGCUGACCACUUUGUGUCAAGACCGCACAUUAGUAGGCAUGAAGUUGUUGGAUAAGAUUUCCUCUGUUCCCCAUGGAGAAUUGUCUUGCACUACAGAGCUCCUCAUCCUGGCCCAUCACUGCUUCACCCUGACAUGCCACAUGGAGGGCAUCAUCCGAGUCCUACAGGCUGCCCGGAUGCUCACAGAUAACCACUUGGCCCCCAAUGAGGAGUAUGGACUGGUGGUACGUCUCCUCACUGGCAUUGGAAGGUACAACGAGAUGACAUACAUAUUUGAUUUACUGCAUAAAAAACACUACUUCGAAGUGCUGAUGAGGAAGAAGUUGGACCCGAGUGGUACCCUGAAGACAGCCCUGCUGGACUACAUCAAACGCUGCCACCCUGGGGACAGUGAGAAGCACAACAUGAUUGCCCUGUGUUUUAGCAUGUGCCGAGAGAUUGGCGAGAACCACGAGGCAGCUGCCUGCAUCCAGCUGAAACUGAUUGAGUCUCAGCCCUGGGAGGACAGCCUCAAGGAUGUGCACCAGCUGAAGCAGCUGCUGCUGAAGGCCCUGACUUUGAUGCUCGAUGCAGCAGAGAGUUAUGCCAAGGAUUCCUGUGUGCGACAGGCCCUGCACUGUCACCGGCUCACCAAGUUGAUAACUCUACAGAUUCACUUUCUGAACACUGGCCAGAACACAAUGCUCAUCAACUUAGGCUGCCACAGGCUGAUGGACUGUAUUGUGGCCCUACCUCGGUUCUACCAGGCAUCCAUUGUGGCUGAGGCCUAUGAUUUUGUGCCCGACUGGGCUGAAAUUCUAUACCAACAUGUGGUUCUUAAAGGAGACUUUAAUUACUUGGAAGAAUUUAAGCAGCAAAGGUUAUUAAGGCCCAGUAUAUUUGAAGAGAUUUCAAAAAAAUGUAGACAACAUCAGCCUACUGACAUGGUCAUGGAAAACCUGAAGAAGCUACUCACGUACUGUGAAGAUAUCUACCUGUAUUACAAGUUGGCAUAUGAACACAAAUUUUAUGAAAUUGUAAAUGUGCUUCUGAAGGACCCUCAGACAGGUUGCUGUCUGAAGGACAUGCUAGCAGCUUAGAUGAUUUCACAGGUGCCUGUUUUCUUGUACUGAUAUGAGAAUCUCUAGCAAAUAAAUGUCUGUGAUUCUGCAAAGUAGAAUAAUGCAUUGGGGAUCUUUGUUGUCCAAGUUGAAAAAAGGCCAGGACUGUACCAUAUCAUUCCUUUGAAGGGGGUAGUGCGUAAAGAAUGAGAAACUUUUCACAAGGAAAUUCCUAUUUAAAAGUAACUGUUCAUCUAUACCGAGAUCAAUAUUAAGAUCAAAAGCUGCUUCUUCCUCAGGAUGGCUUCUACUUUAGGACAUGAUACAGUAAUGAUUAAAGAAUACCUGUGCCUGCAGAUUCCAGUUUCAAAGAAAUUUAAUAUUAUUUACACAGUUAAGGAACAGGUGAUACAUGUGUUAGAAACUGAUCUUUCUGUAAUAAAAUAGAUUUUAAAUUCA